AUGUUUUUCACCGGAAGUCUCUUUCGUCUCCACACCCUUGAGAUCUCUCCAUCGCUUCCCGGAGGAAAUCUCAGAUUCACUAUUUCUUACUCCGGCUACGUGGCCCAAAACCUAGCCACCGCCUCCAGAAAAUCCAAUACAUGCCGAAUUUUUCACGAGGUUUUUUGUCGUCCUCGUAUAUUCCAGAAUCCCGACCGAGAUCCCUUCGCUGGGUACGGUCCGGCACCAACGGUGGGUUCAAGGUGUUCGGUUUCGGCGUAUGCCACUCUCGCAUGUGAUUUUCUUGGCGUUGAGACCUCCUCCAAACCUUCUCCCCUCGUUGUUGGAUUGAUCUCGUUGGUAAAGUCAACGGCUACCGGUGGUGGCGUUGGUGGUGGUUCUGGGGGUCGAAGUACGGAGGUUGAUAAAGGCGGUACUAGCUCGACGAAGUCCAAUCAGACUACUACUGAUUGCGUGAAAACCUGCAAUGUUGCACGUACCAAAAUCAUCGUUGAGAGGAACAAUUGGUUUUCAAAACUAUUAAGUGUUUGCUCCGAUGAUGCUAAGGCUGCCUUCACCGCUUUGAGUGUCAGUAUCUUAUUUCGAUCGCAAUUGGCUAAACCAAAAUCCAUCCCCUCUGCAUCCAUGAGCCCUACCCUUGAUGUGGGUGAUCGCAUAAUGGCCGAAAAGGUUUCAUACAUCUUUCGGAAGCCAGAAGUUUCAGAUAUUGUGAUCUUCAAGGCUCCUCCCAUUCUUCAGGAAUUUGGCUACAGUUCUGGUCCUGUAUCAAGAUUACAAUCCUUAUGA